AUGAGUCGAACUACAUUUCUUAAUGUUGAUGAUACGAAAGCUGGUAUGGCAGAUUUGGAUAAAGAAAAGAUUAAUAAACUAAUUCAAGAAGCAUCUAAAAAUUCAAAAUUUUUUAAACAACAACAACGACGCGAAGAAGAAAAUCGUCGACAAAUUGAAGUUAAAUUAUCUAAAAUAAAAUCAUUUUCAAAUUUUCAAAUUGAACAAGCUGAAAAAUCAACUGAUCGAUAUUUAAAUCAAUUAGAUAAAACUCGAGAUCUAUCUCGAACAUUUUGUCAUAUUGAUAUGGAUGCUUUUUAUGCAUCAGUUGAAAUGCGAGAUAAUCCAGCACUUCAACAUGUGCCUAUGGCAGUCGGUGGCGAAGGCAUGUUGUCAACAUCAAAUUAUUUAGCUCGGCAAUUUGGUGUACGUGCAGCAAUGCCUGGUUUUAUUGCACGACAUCUCUGUCCGAAUCUAGUUAUUGUACCAUGCGAUUUUAAAAAAUAUCGAGCGGAUAGUUCGAAAGUCAUUGAAUAUGAUGAAAAUUAUGGUUCGUGCGGUCUUGAUGAAGCCUUUGCAGAUUUAACAAACUAUUUACAAAUACGACCAACAUUAUCGGAAGAACAAAGAACAUUUCCAAAAGAAGAAAAUUCAACCGAGACAAUAACAUUUGGUAUUACAGCUGAAGAAACUGUUCAAGAAAUUCGGCAUCGAAUUCACUUAGCAACACGAUUAACAGCUAGUGCUGGUAUUGCAUGUAAUAUGCGUUUAGCUAAAUUAUGUUCUGAUAUUAAUAAACCAAAUGGACAAUAUCAAUUAGAAUCGAAUGUAAACAUUAUUUUACAUUUUAUGCGAAAUUUACCAAUACGAAAAAUAAAAGGUAUUGGAAAAGUAACUGCGCUUCAUUUAGAAUCACUUCAAAUUCAAACAGUUAAUGAUAUUUAUCUUAAACGUGGAAUUCUUAAAUUAAUUGAAUAUCCAUCAACAUUUGAUUUUCUUAUGCGUGUUUGUAAUGGUUGUGGUUCAACAACUAUUGAACAUGAUGAUUUACAAAAGAGUAUUGGACACGAAACAACAUUUAAUGGCACAAGUGAUUCAUUACAAUUAAUAUCACUUUGUCGUGAUUUAGCAAAGAAAACAGUUGAUGAACUUAUAUCUGAUCGUAUUCUAUGUAAACGUAUAACACUUAAAAUCAAAACAGUUAAUUUUGAAAUUUUAACACGUUCAAAAACACUUUCAUCUUAUACAGAUUCAUUAAAUGUAAUAACUGAUAAAGUUAUUGCUUUACUUAAACAUGAACUUGAUCAAGAUCUUGAAUUACCAGCUUUACGUCUUAUGGGUGUACGAGUAUCUGAUUUGAAAAUGAAAAGUUCUGAUUUACCAAUUCUUCAAUUUUUUUCAAAAAAAUCUACAACAACAACAACAAUUAACGAAAAUAUCCAUGACAUGAUUGAAGAUAUUGAUAAUGAUGAUAAUGAUGAUGACGAGGGAGAAGAAGAAAAUUUGAAUGAAGAAUUUCUAUCAAUUGAAAAUCAACAUAAUGAAGAUUGUGAUUCCAAAUUAACUCAUUUUGAUGAUGAAAAUUCUAAUACGAGUACAACAACAUGUCCUGUAUGUCAAAAAAUGCUUUUAGGUGAUAAUGAUAAAAUAAAUAAACAUAUUGAUUUAUGUUUAAAUGGUGAAAUGAUUCGAACAACAAUUAAAGAACAAGAUCAACAAACAUCACCUCAAACAAAUUAUCAUAAACGGUAUCUCCUAAGAUAUUUUCAUGUUUCCCAUCAAAUAUGGUUUUUUUUUUGUUUUCUUAGCAUUAAUUUAACACAAACAAAACUAACACCACCAGCUAAGCGACAAAAAAGAAAAUCUAAUACAACACCACAACGAACAAAUGGUAUUGAUAAUUAUUUUUUUAAAACACAUUUAAAGUAA